AUGAGCAUCGCAAUCCAGGCACCUCGCAGUUUGGAGCCUCUUUACUGCCAGGGAAUAUACAACGGCCGCCUCGAGUCGACGUCCCUGGAUUUGCCUAACCAGUCGUAUCCGAACACGGGAACAUCGAAUCUCAUGUCAGCUAUGACGAGUGGACACAAUCCUCGCCACCCGUAUGGUGGCUAUCCAGCCCCCCAGCCCCGGCCUCCCCAGUACGAUCCCAUUCAAAAUUCUCCCUCCCAGUUCGCCCAAGGCCAUACUCCUCCCGCCCAGAUGCAGCGACUACCGAUGAUGACCCCUCCCGCACCUAUGCCUACCGCUUCGACUCCGACUCUCACUCAGUCUCCUGUACUGCAGCAAGAGCCCGGCUCAUAUGUUGGAUACUCGCCUACCACUGAACCUGCUUCGCCAACGCCACCCUUCACUUUGACCAUCCGGCAGGAGCCAGAUCGAGCCAAAGUAGUCCUUGGUAAGGACAAAGAUCGAAAGCCUGUUGACCCUCCCCCGAUCCUGCAACUCGAAGUCCCUCCCCAGAACAACCACAUUCUUCAGAGCCCUUACCAUUUCGUCAUGGCUUUCCUCAUCGACGAGAAGGAGGAUACUCCUGUUUCGUGCCAAAACGGCAAUCCUCUUUUUGGCACCCAAGUAUCCAGCCUCCACAAGCUCAAGGACACUAAUAACCAAGACGGUGGAUUCUUUGUUUUUGGGGACUUGUCCGUAAAGGUUGAAGGAAAGUUCCGGCUCAAGUUUACGCUUUACGAGGUAUCCAAUGGAGAGGUUGUCCAGCUUGGUGAUAUUACGUCCCGCGUGUUUGAGGUUUACUCGCCGAAGCAUUUCCCAGGAAUGGAGGAGUCAACUUUCCUUACCCGAUCGUUCAGCGACCAAGGUGUCCGUCUUCGCCUUCGGAAGGACUCGAGGAGUAUGACGACCCGAAAGCGAAACAGCCAGGCAGCGAAGCUCGCCGAUCAAAUGUCGCAGCAGCGAUAUCAGCCCCGAGCGCGGAUAGAGCCUCCGCCACCUUCAGCCUACGAAAGCAUGCACCAAGGAAACGGCUGGUGGACCAGCCACAGCAGCCCACAUACACCAGGUGCCGUCAGCGCCAGUGGGCCUCCAAGUGCAGGGCCGUACGGACCCACGAGUCAGACCGGAGGGUACGGCGCAGAUCCCUCUGCUCCGCGCUACGGUCCGCAAUAA